AUGCAGACCUCAUAUGCCGGAAAAGACAUCAUUUCGAUAUCUCACCUGUACAUCAUCAAUUACCCUCGCGAUUCGUCCUACGAAGCUUGUUCCACCUGUCCUACAAGACGAACAAACCUCUUGAAAUACCACGAACAGUCCAGAACAGCAAUCGCAAUGGCAAAGUCAAUCCUCCUCAUCAACGGCCCCAACCUGAACCUCCUCGGUACCCGGGAACCACACAUCUACGGCUCGACCACACUCUCCCAGCUCGAGACGCAGUCAAAAGAACACGCCAAGUCUCUCGGCGCAGACCUGCAAUCCUUCCAAUCCAACACUGAGGGCGCCAUCGUCGAGCGCAUACACGCGGCGCGGGGCAACGUCGACGUCAUCAUCAUUAACCCCGCCGCCUACACACACACGAGCGUCGCCAUCCGCGACGCGCUGCUGGGCGUCGAUAUCCCCUUCAUCGAGCUGCACAUUAGCAACACGCACGCGAGAGAGAGCUUCAGACAUCACAGCUAUUUGAGCGACAAGGCGGUUGCGGUUAUUAUGGGGUUGGGAAUUCAUGGAUAUGGGUAUGCUAUUGAUCAUGCCGUUAAGAAUAUCAAGCCCAAGGCAUAA